CGGAGCUCUCGAUGGCAGCCGCUGCCGGACACAGCGAACUUGUCCAUUCAGCACACAUCUUCCUGUCACUUGAUCGUAUUGUUGACGGCACCUCCACCACCCUGCUAAAUACUGGUGUUCUAGCCACGGCGACAUUCCCAAACGUGGCUGAGCUCAAGCUUAACUUUUACAGCAGCAGUGCCAUUCUCCGAGGCAACCAAUCGGCAGGAGUCAGUUCUUUCAUUGAGCGUAUCCGCCAGCUAUUUCCCAGCGCAUAGGACAGCUCCGUUCAUUGUUUGCUCAGGGCUGUGGACUGGUCAGAAGGACAUGUACAAGGACCUAAUGGGUAUUAUCGCUCCAGCGCC